UAAUAUUGGGUUGGCGAUUCGCAGCGAUGGCGACUCGACUCUUAUACGGGACGUAUUGAAACUGGCCUCGGAUAUGACAAAUGUAUUUCCUAACGUGUAAUUUAUUGCAAACCCAGUGCACGGAUCUUCAACUGGAUCAUUAACGUUUCUAUUGUCAUUGCUUUAUCUCUGCCUACUGUACCCACCAGCACAGCUAUAUUUACCAGGGAAUGAAAAGGUCUAUUGUAGAUCGAAUGUUCCUGCGAAAAGAUCAUCAGGAUUGCACCUCAUCUGUUGCUUGUUCUCUUUUGACUUAGAUUUGGGGUCCAUUGAAGAAGGCCUGUGUUCCUUGUCCAGUGACCCACACUCCUUCACAAGGGCCAUGGAGGAGGAGGGGCCGCAGAGCAUGGAAUGUAUCCAGGCCAAUCAGAUCUUCCCCAAGAAGCCCCCAGUCCUGGAGGAGGGGAGCCUGCAGGUGCCCUUUCCCGAGCUGCAUGGGGAGUUCACAAAGUACGUGGGGAGAGCGGAGGAUGCAAUCAUCGCCAUGUCCAGCUACCGCCUCCACAUCAAGUUCAAAGAGUCCAUCGUAAAUAGUGACAGUUGUUGUGAGGUGUCAGUCCCUCUGCAGCUCAUAGAGACUGUGGAGUGUCGUGACAUGUUCCAGCUCCAUGUCACCUGCAAGGACUGUAAAGUCGUCAGGUGUCAAUUCUCCACCUUAGAGCAGUGUCAGGAGUGGCUGAAGCGGCUGAACGCUGCGGUCCGCCCUCCGUCUUGCUUGGAGGACCUCUUCUCCUUCCCCUUCCAUGCCUGGUGUGUGGACGUGUAUGCCGGGGAGAAGGAGCAGCACGGGGAGCUGUGCAGGCCAGGAGAGCAUGUGACCUCCUGGUUCAAGAAUGAGGUGGAGAGGAUGGGCUUUGACACUCAAAACGCCUGGAGGAUAUCUGACAUCAACAGCAAGUUCAGGCUGUGCUCCAGCUAUCCGCAGCAGCUCCUUGUGCCAGCCUGGAUCACAGACAAGGAGCUGGAGAACGUGGCAGCCUUCCGCUCCUGGAAGAGGUUCCCGGCCGUUGUGUUCAGGCACCAGAGCACUGGGGCUGUGAUCGCCCGCUGCGGCCAGCCGGAGGUCAGUUGGUGGGGCUGGAGGAAUGCAGACGACGAGCACCUGGUCCAGUCCAUCGCCAGGGCCUGUGCUGUGGACUGCAGCUCCCGCAAACACCUGGCAAACGGAUCCUACAUCAAUGGAACCAAUGGAAUCAUCGGCACCAAUGACCUCGUGGACACUGACUUCGUUUCAGAAUCGUCCCUGACGAACAGCUCGGAGGUAGAGACGCUGGCCAUCCAGCCACAAAAGCUGCUGAUCCUGGAUGCCAGGUCCUAUGCAGCCGCUGUGGCCAACAGGGCCAAGGGAGGGGGCUGUGAAUGCCCAGAGUACUACCCCAACUGUGAGGUGGUGUUCAUGGGCAUGGCCAACAUCCACUCCAUCCGCAAGAGUUUCCAGUCCCUGCGCUUCCUCUGCACCCAGAUGCCCGACCCGGCCAACUGGCUGUCUGCUCUAGAGAGCACCAAGUGGCUGCAGCAUCUAUCUCUGCUGCUGAAGGCUGCCCUGCUGGUGUUGAACGCUGUGGACCGCGACCACAGACCUGUUCUGGUGCACUGCUCUGACGGAUGGGACCGCACGCCCCAGAUCGCUGCCCUGUCCAAGCUCUUGUUGGACCCAUACUACCGCACCAUUGAGGGUUUCCAGGUGCUGGUGGAGACUGAGUGGCUGGACUUUGGCCAUAAGUUUGCUGACCGCUGUGGCCACGGGGAGAACUCAGAGGACCUGAACGAGCGCUGCCCGGUCUUCCUGCAGUGGCUGGACUGUGUUCACCAGCUCCAAAGGCAGUUCCCAUGCUCCUUUGAGUUCAAUGAGGCCUUCCUGGUGAAGAUGGUGCAGCAUUCCUACUCGUGUCUGUUUGGCACCUUCCUGUGCAACAGUGGGAAGGAGAGGGAGGACCGUCAGGUUCGGGAGAGGACCUGCUCCGUGUGGUCACUGCUGCGACCAGCCAACCGCGCCUUGAGGAACAUGCUCUACUCCUCCCACUCCGAGACUGUGCUCCACCCAGUGUGUCAUGUACGUAACCUGAUGCUGUGGACGGCAGUCUACCUUCCCAGCUCUUCCCCCACCACGCCCUCUGACGAGUCGUGUGCACCCUAUCCUGUGCCAGGUGCCAACCCUGAGGACACUCCCCUGGGCAGACGUCCGAAGACCCGUUCCUUCGAUAACUUGCCCAGCGCAUGUGAGCUGGGGAGCUCGCUUGCCCCCAACCGGCGCUCCAGUGACCCAAACCUGAAUGAGAAGUGGCAGGACCACCGGCGCUCUCUGGAGCUCAACAUCGCUAUGGAGCCUGAUGGAGGGGGAGCUCAGGAAGGGCGUGCUAACGGCCAGCCUGGAGCAGCAGGGCCUCAGGCAGGCACGGCCGACUCUGAGCCGGAAGACAUCCCUGAAGGAGGGCAGAUUGAGCUGAGAGACAGAGCCUCCAAGGGGUUGUUAGCAGCAGGAGAAGAGCUUGAGCUCUCCAUUGAGCUGGCUGUGGCAGAGGGACAGAUGGAGAACAUUCUCCAGGAAGCAACAAAGGAGGAGGUUGGUGCCGACACUCAGAGAGAAGCUGACGCUGCUGAUCCUCCUAUUGCCGUGGCUCAAACUCUAUUUGAUGCUAAUGUUAAUGGAAGAGAGAUGGAGAAAGAGGCCAGCACCAGUGAUGAUAAGGCUGAUAAACAAAGUAACAACAAUGGGGCUGAGAAUCAGACGGAGGCUACUAUCACGAAUGGGCAUCACCCAGAGAAGGGCACAGAUGAACCUGAGGAGGAGUCUAGUGUCUCUCCAGGCAGUCCCACAGACGUUCCAGAGGAGCAGGAGGUGGACGUUCCAGAGGAGCAGGAGGUGGACGUUCCAGAGGAGCAGGAGGUGGACGUUCCAGAGGAGCAGGAGGUGGACGUUCCAGAGGAGCAGGAGGUGGACGUUCCAGAGGAGCAGGAGGUGGACGUUCCAGAGGAGCAGGAGGUGGACGUUCCAGAGGAGCAGGAGGUGGACGUUCCAGAGGAGCAGGAGGUGGACGUUCCAGAGGAGCAGGAGGUGGACGUUCCAGAGGAGCAGGAGGUGGACGUUCCAGAGGAGCAGGAGGUGGACGUUCCAGAGGAGCAGGAGGUGGUAGAGAAGCAGGAAGAAGUGCUGGUGAAGCAUGUUCUGGAGAACCGUACUGCCCAGGAGGAGCCAGACCACAACCCUAGCACCAGCACCCCCAGCCCAGCUCACGCUGCCCUUAGAACUAUGAUCAAUGGCUUUGGAGAGAGGACACCAGUGGCUGCUGAGAAUCACCUUCCACCAGAGCUGAAGUCCAGCAGACAUCUCUCAGAGGUCCUAGUGCAGGCUGACAAGAGGGCCUUCCUCAUGGAGAGCUCAACAGAGACUCUGACUGAAGAGGCCUGCACCAGGCCAGAGGCCCCAGGGCAGGUACCCAUCUGUGCAGGCCCCCAGCCCUGCUCUGAAGGUAGGAGUCAACCCCCCUGCCACAGGAGAGUGAACGGGGAGGCAGAGCCAGAGCAGGGGGCACCCAGGACUUCACAUGGAGGACACAAGCGGCCCUCCGUCAGUGCCUUCCAGUCUUUGAGUGCUGAUCCCAGCAGGGAGGGACAGUGUAAUGGCGAGAGCUUGGAGGGGGAGCCCUGCAGUGGCCCUCACUGGGCCAAGGUGAAUGGGGAGCGGGCCCCACUGAGCCGCCAGGUGUCCCUGGCCUCCUGCAGCUCCCUGACCCACCACCGCCGGGGCAGCUGCUCCCAGCACCGCUGCCUCCAUGCCCUACUGGGGCGCCCUGCCGCCACACCCAGCCCCGAGCAGCCGGCCCGCAGUCACCUGGACGAUGAUGGGCUGAUGCUCCACACAGACGCCAUCCAGCAGCGGUUGAGGCAGAUCGAGGCAGGCCACCAGAUGGAGGUGGAGAUGCUGAAGAAGCAGGUGCAGGAGCUGUGGAGCCGCCUGGAGAGCCAUCACCACGCAGCGUCCCUCAGGAUCAACGGAGAUCUGGGAGACGAAAUGACCUCAAUGACAGACUCUGAGUAUAACCUGGAUGCUAGCUGCCUGUCCCGCUGCAGUACAGAGCUCUUUUCCGAGGCUAGCUGGGAGCAGGUGGACAAGAAUGACACUGAGGUGACCCGCUGGUACCCGGACCACUUGGCAGCCCAGUGCUACGGGUGUGAGAGUAGGUUCUGGCUCGCCACCAGGAAGCAUCACUGCAGUGACAGGGAGCCUGUCCAAGAGGUCUGGAACUGUGGGAAUGUAUUCUGUGCCAGCUGCUGCGACCAGAAGCUACCCGUGCCAAGCCAGCAGCUGUUUGAGCCCACCCGUGUUUGUAAGACCUGCUACGGCAGCCUCCAGAUCAAUACAGCUCCCAAUCCCAUGGAACUGGAGCUGGAGGAACCCAUCACAGCCAGCUCCAACUAGGGCCCUGGGAGGGGCAGGGCCGAGCCCCCCAGCCAAUACUCAGCUAGCCACUGACACGGUCAGGCACUCUACUGAUGAGCUCAGGAGCUGCAGAAUGUCCCAUGUACGUGUUUGCUGCAAAAUAUGGAUUUUCAUGUAUAUAGGUCUGCAAUGCCAGAUGUAGUGGAGGAGGUGAACAAGGUGUUUUUGCUAGAUGCUAAGCACUUUGAAUGGUGGUUAUGCACAGGAAUGGAUGAAUGGACAGAUUGAUGGAAUGGUGUGUGACAACACACAGAGGACUGCUGGUAGUGUUUGUCGAUGUGGUGUAGGACUGGGGCAGCGAUAGAGCAAGGAUAGCCUGUCUGGUCCCGCUGUCCAGGGGUGGCACGAGAGGGUCAUCUCCGAAUGAUGCUGCAAAGUCUUCUUGAGGGCUUGUGUUCAUAAAAAUAAAAAAAACACUUAUAGUUCUCUUACAGGAGUGGUACCAUCAUCCAUCCCCUAGGGACUUUUCUGAAGCUCCAGUGCUUCAGAAACCACUUCUAGUGUCCAGAAUAGGGCUGGACUGUGUUGGCAAGACCUUCCAUUGACUUCUGGGGAACACCUGGAUGAACUUGGGCAGAAUUUCAACUUGAUUUAUGUGUCUGAAGUUAGGACUCUGCCCUAAGCAGGGAGGGUAUUUGGGAGUUACUGAGAUCUAACAAGUGUUAGUUUUUGAAUUGCAUCAAAGUAUGAAUCCUCUCAUAGCUGGUUCCAUUUUGCAACUCUCUUGGCGUGAAUAGGUGCCACACACUAAUGGUAGACGGUGUAGAUAAUGUUGACAGCUGGUAUUAUGACAGAGCUUCUGAACCAAUGGCGCGUUCAAAACAACUGGGAACUCAGAUCAAUCAUGUCAGUGAUCGUCAGGUCGGGAAGUCAGAGCUCUAGAAAGAUGCCUGAAUGCCCAAGUUGGAUGACUGUUCACAGAGAUUUUUACCAGUCGGAACUAGUUGUUUUUCGAGUUUCCAGUUGUUUUGAACGCGGGCAUAAAUUUAAUUUGACAUUGUCACUUGUUUUCAGAGACCUAAAUAAGCUCGAGGAGAGGCUAUGGAAAUGCAUUAAUUUACUCUGCCCAUCACUUCAAAUUACGAUGUCAUGGAUUGAACAUGACAUCACGUUCAAUCCAUCACAACCAGAGUUUAAUAGGAAGUGGUGUAAUGGUUGUCAUGGGGUCACUAAGGGAUGUGCUUUAGUCAUGUUACUGUAUCAGUGUCCUCCUGUGAUGACAGGAACUCAUUUACCAAUGUGUCCUCAUCUGCAGGAUGGGUGAAUUAUUACCCAACACUGACUGCUUAUUUAGUAACUAACUUCCUUGAACAUAAUGAAACAGCCCUAAAAUAUAAAGUUGAGUCAUACAUGCAUCACAAUCUAUCCCUUUGAACAUCCUCAACCACCAUUGCGUCAUGUCCUAUAUAAACCGAGGAAGUGCUGGAUAGUACGAGGGGAUGAAAUGUAUAGUACUGUGUCUCUGUGGAACAUCCAGUGUUGUUCUCUUAGCUGGUUAGCUCGGUUUUCUCCUGCUGAAUUGAGAAGUCACUUAUUUCAUCUCUCUUCAAUAAACUCCUCUCAGAUACAUUUUUGUAACAUAAAUAAUAUAUUCAGAUAAGUAUAUAGCGUUUAAGAAACGAUGUAUAGAAGAAUCCUUUUAUAGUGGCUUACCAAAUUAGUCACCAUAAACCUUUACAUUUGCAUCUUUCUUUUGCUGAUUGCUGAAAAAAAAACGAAUUUCAACCUGUUGGAAACAGGAAUCUUUUAUUUUUUUAAGGAGGCAUGUUCCUGUUUUGAUGCUGCAGUGGUUUUCCAUUUUAUUGCGAUCAGUACCUGUUUUCAUUAUUUAUUGAUGUUGUAUUCUUGAAUUGCUGUCUCAAAUUUAGACAAUUACAUUGCCACAGGAUAAUCAGUGUUUAUCAGUAGUGGAUCUUGAGGGCCAUGAGAAAAGAUGGCCCAAAUCGAUGAGAUUCCCAUGCACUGACAGAAUGGUGGCCAGAAACAACAACCUAAUACUAUACCCCCACCUCCCACUCACAUAGGUCACGCAUACCCCACUCAUAUACAGUACAUGUACACACUACCUCUACCAUACAGACAGGAGCUUCACACACUCAUACAUGCACACAGAUAUUCUCACUGUGCUUGUCGUAAUUGAUAUUUGCUUUUCAGAUGUUCGCCAUCAAUAUUGGCCUUUUGUUAUGAAUGAUAUUUGGGUUUUAUGAGAAUUAAAUGUACAAAUACAACCCUAUACGAUGUCAAAUGAUAUCCUUCAAGACUGCCAAUCAUUAAUAAUGCCACUUGUCGUACUAGCAGGACACAUGAAUCACGGGAUUUCAGCAAUUGUUAUUAUUCACAACUCUACCUGAUCAGCAGACUGUGUGAAAGAGCCAUGCAUAGUUUGGACAGCCAUCUUGUAAAACCAUCUGAGGGCUUAGACCAAACUCUUGACUGUUGAUCUCUUUCAAUGACCCCCUGAAUAGCUUAUACUGUGUACAUUUCAAUGGCUGGACUAAGUGGUCCAUAGCUUAAGAUCUCAAAGCCAUGUGGGUCUUUCUGGUCAUACUUUCCCAAACUGAGGUUUGACAUUGAGGGCUAAAUUAGGUCCAGAGUAAUGCUCCUUUAGACACUCAUUUACUUCUGGCUUCCAUUAGUGUCCCUGUCGCACUCUGGCAUGGCGAGGCUAGAGGCUUUGUAGGGCAGUUUCACCAUUAGUUGUUUUGCAUAGCAUUUCAGUUAAAGUAGACACUGCCACAGAAAUACAUCAAACAAUAAAGCUGAAAAUGAGUCUGUUCUAUUCAGUAUUAUGUCACCCACAGAAGGACUCAUGAGGGAUGAGCCUGUUUUUUUCUUUUGGUGCUGUUGUGGGGCAUAGCUGGAUAUGAUGAUGGGAGUAUGUGGAGGGGUUGGAUUUACACAUUGUCUGUCUGGAGGAGCCCUUACACUUUGUCCAGUUGGGUUUUUGAGUUAUUUUUGAUCUUCUUUGGCUUUCAUUUCUCUUCCCUCGUGUGAUUUAAGAAGCUGUCCAUCACGUAGUUCCCCAUAGGAGGCAUGCGUGCAAUGGCCCAGGAAUCCGGUGUAAAUGCAAGUGUUUCCGAGUGUGUGUGUGUGUGUGUGUGUCAGAGGGAAACUGGUGCCAAGCAGUUCUUAUACAGGUCUUUAACAAAGCAGUGGAGUCUGAGAGACGGCUCAUAAUAAUGGCCUGACCAGCGCAAAUGGAAUGUCAUCAAAUACAUGGAAACCAUGUGUUUAAUCUAUUUGAAACUAUUCCCACUCCAGCUAUUACCUUGAGCCCGUCCUCCCCAAUUAAGUUGCCACCAACCUCCUGUGUAAUAAAGGGAUAAAUAAUGUGCUUUUGAUUUGUUUUCCUCCUUUACCGUGAUCUUUAACAAGCACUUUCAACCUUCUCAUGUAUCGUCGGUCGCAGAGGACUUUGUAGCUGUUUCCUGUAACAGGACAUAGCAGUUUCUUGUAACAACAAGUGCUCUUUUUGUUUAGAAUGUUUAUUUUUGUUUUGUUGAAUUUACUUAAGAGCAUUACAUUGAUGUAGAAAUAAAGGAAAAUAAAGUGG